AUGGAUGUAUGUGGGAGGUUUGAUGUCGAUUCAGUUACAGACUGCGCAGAAAUAAUAGAGCGCAGUACAGAUGUGUACGGAGAAAAGCUUACCGACAGACUGAAAUCCUUCGCUAUCUGGCCUCUUCAGAUGAAGCAGUCUCCAAAAUCCAUGGCAGAGGCUGGAUUUAUAUACACAGGACAAUACGACAGAGUCUACUGUUUCAAAUGCAAAAUUCGCGUACACCGAUGGAUGCCAGAAGAUGACCCGAUGACGGAACACUUCAGACUGUCCCCUCGCUGUACCUAUAUCCACAUGCUGUGCGAAGAACCCAGGGUCAACAAGGAAGGAGCCUAUCGAGCAUACCUCUCGUCGUCAGCACAGUCGGAAGAUAACGUUCAUCAUGAGCAAACCUUUGGUUCUUCUGACGAGGGAGACGUAUCAAAGAUUGAUGACCAACAGAGAAGAACAGAAUCCACAGACGACAGUGAAUCAGACAGCGGAGGAUUCUCAGACAGCGAUUUCUAA